AUGUCAUUUCAGCUCGAAGAAGAAAUCCGUACUUUCAGAGAAGACCAUAGCCGAAUAUCAAAGGCUUUCCGCGAACGACAACGUCAAAGACGAUUACAACUUUCUUCAAACCCACUAUUCCGUGGUAAACUUCCCGGAUACCACGAACAACGGAAAUCUAGCACAAAUGAAGAAAAGAAUUCUGCCAAGACUGGAAAACACGUCGUCUUUGAAAUACUAAAUCACCCAAACAAAUCGUUUCGCUCGAAAUGCGAACAAGCUUCCAACGAUACAGAUAACAAAUGGAAGAGCUUACCCGGAUCAAUGCUGCUGCGUAAUGUGUAUGCAGGAAGAAAUUUAGUUGAUGGAAUGAAUCAGGCAGACCGUUUACAACAAGACGGUGAAAAGACAAUUAGGAACGACUAUUGUCAACAUUUUGUUGAUUCAGGGAAGAGGCCGCAGAAUUUUAUUAGGGAUACGGAACUGUCUCAGCGAUUUGACGAAUAUCCCAAGCUGAAAGAGUUGACCAAGUUGAAGAAUAAUCUUGUAGCAACUCGAUCAACGCCACCGACAUACUUGAAAACCGAUUUACGAACUUUUGAUUUAAAGUCACUCGGUACUAAAUUUGACGUCAUACUAAUUGAUCCGCCAUUGGAAGAUUAUUGCCGACGAUCGCCCAUAGUUGCCGGAACCGAAGAUGUGGCAGCAACUCCAUCGUUCAUAUUCAUCUGGUCAGGUGACUCAGAAGGUCUUGAUCGCGGUCGUCAGUUGUUAUUAAAAUGGGGGUAUCGUAGAUGUGAAGACAUUGUCUGGAUUAAGACGAACAAAUCCUGGGAGGGAAGUAGGUUUAUAGAGCCUAGAUCGGUACUGCAAAGGACUAAGGAACAUUGCAUAAUGGGAAUAAAAGGAACUGUACGAAGGAGUACAGAUGGACAUUUUAUACAUUGUAAUGUUGAUACAGAUGUGAUAAUAUCGGAGGAACCGCCGUUUGGAAGCUUGAACAAACCGGAAGAACUUUAUCAUAUAAUAGAACAUUUCUGUCUCGGUCGCCGACGGUUAGAACUCUUUGGCGAGGAUCAUAAUAUCCGCCCUGGGUGGCUGACAAUUGGAAGUGAGCUAUCUAGCUCUAAUUUUAAUGGCGAAACAUAUACAUCAUAUUUUUCAGAACCCAAUUCAUACUUGUUAGGUUCUACAGCUGAAAUCGAAUCUCUGCGACCAAAGUCUCCGCCUCCACGAGAUUCAACGGCAGCAAAGGUUGGUGUUGCCCAAGGUGGAAUCAUCAAAUCCAAGAACAAAAAGCCACCUAAUGCGCCAAUGAUGCCAAUUGUGCCCAUGCCAAUGCCAGGAUUUCCUCAUAGAUGGUUACCCG